UGGCAGCUGUGGAGCCCGUCUGGAGGGCGAUGUUUCCACCCGCGCGCGGGGUUCCAGCGCGGUGGGUGCCCGUGGCAGAGCCAGCGGCCGGGCUGGCACGAACAGCCGCGAAGGGACGGGCCGGGCCGGGCGCUCGGCCUGGGCAGCGCUAGGAGCCGCCUGUUGUUGGCUGCGGUGCAGGCUCCUGGGAGCGGCUGCUGAGCCCAGAGCAGCGGGCGCCGCGGGGACAGGAUGUCGGUGGCGGGACUGAAGAAGCAGUUCCACAAAGCCAGCCAGCUGUGCUGAGGUGUUUGUUUAAAACAAUGGGGUUCCCUCCACAUGGCAGAAGAUAUAAGCCUCUGGACUAUGGACAAUGCUGAUGGGAGAAUUCUAACCAAUGGACUGAGGACCUUCCAAUGAUUUGGAAGCAGACAGAGACUUGACUUAAGCCAGCAGUUUAUUCCAUCACUGCUACAAGCCUGAACCAAGAACUUUGCAAUUACUUUGUUCAGUGAAAAAAUUAGUGGAGCAGAAGGAACAAAACUAGAUGAAGAAUUUCAAGAGAUGGAAAGGAAAAUUGAUGUCACCAGCAAAGCUGUAGCAGAGCUUCUGUCAAAAUCCACAGAGUAUCUUCAGCCAAAUCCAGCAUAUAGAGCCAAGCUGGGAAUGCUGAACACUAUGUCGAAGAUCAGAGGACAAGUUAAAACCACAGGAUAUCCCCAGACAGAAGGGCUAUUAGGGGAUUGUAUGCUACGGUAUGGCAGAGAACUUGGGGAGGAUUCUACAUUUGGCAAUGCACUGCUGGAUGUUGGUGAAAGCAUGAAGCAGAUGGCAGAGGUGAAGGACUCUCUCGAUAUUAACGUCAAGCAAAACUUCAUUGAUCCUCUACAGUUAUUACAGGACAAAGACUUAAAAGAGAUUGUGCAUCACCUGAAGAAGCUAGAAGGCCGUCGUUUGGAUUAUGACUAUAAAAAGAAGCGUUUAGGGAAGAUCCCAGAUGAAGAAGUUAAACAGGCAGUAGAAAAAUUUGAAGAGUCAAAGGAGCUGGCAGAAAGAAGCAUGUUCAACUUUUUAGAAAAUGAUGUAGAGCAAGUUAGCCAGUUGGCAGUAUUUAUAGAAGCAGCAUUAGACUACCAUAAACAGUCCACAGAAAUUCUGGAGGAACUGCAGAGCACACUGCAAAACCGAAUAAAUGGAGCAUCUAGUCGUCCUAAGCAUGAAUUCAAGCCAAAACCUGUAAUAACUUCAACUCUGGAAAUCAGUGAUAAUCAGCAGCACAAUGGGAUUUCAUACAGUUCUUCAGUGAAAUCAUCAGGUUCUUCAGUGCACAUGGAUCAGCCUUGCUGCCAAGCUCUGUAUGACUUUGACCCAGAAAAUGAAGGCGAGCUUGGGUUUAAGGAAGGCGACAUCAUUACUUUGACCAAUCAAAUUGAUGAGAAUUGGUACGAAGGGAUGUUAAAUGGAGAGUCUGGCUUCUUUCCCAUUAAUUAUGUCGAAGUGAUGGUACCUUUGCCUCAGUGAACACCUAAUUCAAACUGUGAACAUAAUUUCAUGAUUGAAAUGGAUUCACAAUUGUUUCAUCAGUGUGGCAUUCUGUGAAAGCCUUGCUAUUUGACUUACAGAUUUUUGUAUGCAUCUUUUUUAAAUGUAUUUAUUUUGUAUUCCUUUAGUUUGUAAAAAAAAAAAAACAAAAAAAACCAAAACCCACCACCACCAACCACCCAUCCUUGGCUACAUGAAAAUGCAAAAAACUCAACCUCCACUUUUUUUUGCUUUGUGCCUGGAAGAUUACUGUCUGAGGUGUUUACUGGUAGCUCACUGUUGCUCCAAAAAUGCAUUCCUGUGCUCUUACUGUAUGUGGAGCCUUUUUUAAUAAUCCUCUGGCUGCAAUGAUUUUACUGUUGGAAACUAUUUUUAAAAACACUGAGUAAAGCUAACUGUAACCAGUUCUUAAGAAUUACUGAUGUCUCUCAGCCUUUCUUAUCCAUCGCAAUGUAACUUACUGUAAAUGACCUAAUCUGUAUUUCACAUUGUAUAUUGACAAAAGGCUAAGAUGUUGGUGUACUAAGUACAAAGUCUUAGAAUUGAAUAUUCCUCUAAUUUACUGACUAUACUUAAUAAAUAUUACUGCGGGGAAA